GCACAACGUCCGGAGAAUACAGUUAUGCAAGCUUUGGAAUCGCUUAACGACUCGCAGGUGAAUGAUUUUCUCAGUGGCAAGACUCCCCUCAAUCUUAGUAUGCGUCUGGGUGAUCACAUGAUGCUUAUUCAGCUGCAACUGAGUACAGUUAAUCCCGCUGGCGGCACUACUGCCGCAACGGCUGCCCUGCCACCUGUGAUGAGCGGCAAUAGUUCAGUUGGCGGCUGUAGUGGCAGUACUAGCUCUUCGCACUCAGCAUCAAGCGGAGCCCUGGGCUGCAUUUAUCCAAGCAGCAGUGUUGGCUCCCAUUUGUCUCAUGCGCGCACCCGUUCCUCCAGCUAUCGACUGGCCAGCGGACGCAUUGGCAACGGCCAUGUGCACAGCCACCAGCAUCCGAGCUUGCAGCACAGCCAUAACCAUUACCACCAUCAUCAUCAUCACCAUCACAAUGCCACGGCAUUGGCCGCCGCUAACGCUGGCGCACCAUCACGAAAGCUCGACCAGGAGCGCUCCGGUAACAACAAAAGCAGUUGCAGCACCACCACCGAAACCACUUCAACCAGCUGCGGCAGCAACAGCAACAACAGUAGCAGCUGCUUGAGUGCUACUGCCGGAGGUAGCCGAAUGGCUGACACUACGGCCGAAAAUGGGCGCGGACAUCAUGUCUUUAAGACGUCCGAUCUCAGCUCGUUCCUUAGCAAGCGCGACUACGAGAGUCUGCAUAAUAUAGUGAAGAGCAUAGCACCACGUGCUGCAGCAGCGGCCGCAGCCGCUGCAGCUAACCAGGCGUCCAGGCAAAAAUCAGCAGCAGGAGUAUCAACGGUACCGUCAAAGCCGCUAGUGGAGCAAUCACCAAUCAAGUCGCUCUCCAAUCUCGUUUCGUCUUCCAUCAAAACGACGGCCAUCAAGAAUAUACACAUUGCCCAAGACUCGGAGAGUACCAGCUCCUUACCUCUUAAUAUUGUUGGCAGCUCCAGUACAACGGCAACCAGCUGUGCUAGCGGUGGCUGCCAGCAAGAUCCGAUAUCUGCAAAGCUUACCUCGUGCUUGUGCACACGCUUGGCAACAGCAUCAGUACCAUCUGUAGCUACAACACCUACAGCAGGUGCAACACCACUGCCUCCACUACCAACAACAACAACAGCACCACCGCCACCAGCAUCAACACCCCCACCAUCAACAGCUGCUUCAAGAACUUUACCCAAUCUCUCCCAAUCUCUUGGAUCUCUCAGUCGUACAUCAAUUUGUUCUGGUACUGGCUCCAAUUCCGGGUCCAGCUGUGUUGUGGAAAAUUCGUUACAUAAGACGGUCAAUAAUCCGAUUACCGUUACACGCUCCAAGCAUAGACACCACCAUCACCACCACCAUCAUCAUCAUCAUUAUCAUCAUGCCGCACUUGCGGCUGCCGCAAGGCUUAAGUGUCAAGAGGCAACUCUCACGAAAAAUGGAACCCCAACUGCAGCUGCGGCUGGCACCACCCGCACUAGUAGCACCGCUGAGUUAGACGAUGCUGGAUUGGCAGUAUCGGAUACUCGUACUUUAGCCGAGGCAUCGCGUAAUCUUACCCAGACGUUGCGAAAACUCUCAAAAGAGGUUUUCACGAAUAAGAUUGACUUGUCUGGCGGUGGAAGUAUGGGUGUCGGCGCCGGUAUUGGGGGCGGCGAAGAAACACCACGAAAAAGUGGCUCCGGCGCUGUCAUUGAAUCGAUGAAGAAUCACGGCAAAGGCAUCUACUCAGGCACAUUCUCAGGCACUCUAAAUCCGGCGCUGCAGGAUCGCUUUGGCCGGCCAAAGCGCGACAUAUCCACAGUGAUACAUAUACUUAACGACCUGUUAAGUGCCACACCUCAAUAUGGUCGUGGCGCGCGUAUCAGUUUUGAGGCACCAUCCGGUAGCAACACUAGCAAAUCCAGCAUUAGCAACAACAAUGGUAGCUAUAGCAGCAACAACGGUUCCCCAAUUGCCAGUUCCACUAAUACUUCUUGUGGCAACGCCGCCGCGGCCAAAACAGCAGCUCCAACAUCAUUGCCCGUCGCACUACAUAAUAGCGUGCGUAGCAAAUUGUACUCGAACAAACCUCACAAUUGCGCCAAAUGUAAAUCUCGCGCCCAACAGCAACAGGCGGCAGCAGUUUUGGCUGCUGGCAACUGUGCUUAUGGCGAAUGCAAUGGCCACUAUUUGGCUAAGGGUGGCAUCUCUGCUGGAAUCGCUGGCAGUCUCAAGUCAUCUACACACGGUUGCUGCAACGAUGCGGAUAUGUCUAGCGAUGGCAGCACUAGCAAUGCCGCAGCGAUGGACAGCUCGAAUGGAUGCAUGUGCCGUAUUCGCGUAGCUAGCGGCGGCGGCGUCGGGCUCGACGACGGGCAACGCGAUCACAUGUGCCAGAAGUGCGUCGCUGACCUGGCCAAUCUAAAAACCAAGUCUAAAUUAGACCAACUACGUCUAGUUAUGCAGCAGCGCAAGCAGAAGCGCGAAGAACGUAAGCUCAAGAGCUCUCCGUACGAUGCCAAUGCAGGAAUUCUGACGGCAACUGUGGAGGCAACGCCGCAAUAUAGCGCUGUAAGUGCGCUGGUGACGACGCCGCUGCCGGCAGUCAAGACCAAGCACAACAGCAACAGCACAGCAACAACAGCAGCAGCUGCUGCUGCUGCGGCUGCGGCUGCAACCACUGCAUCGCCCAGCGAGGUCUCUCCCAAUCAUAUAGUAGAGGAGGUAGAUACGGCCGCAUAAGUAAAACUGCAAUGUGCACCCUUUAUAGCAUUUAUUAGUUUAAAGUUGCA